GUAACAUCCGCAGAAACGCACAUCAACACUGUUUUUGCCCCAAACCCAAACCAAAUUUGCCUCACACAUCACACAAAAGGGUUGAAAGAGAGAGAGGAGAGGGAGAGAGAGAGAGAGAGAUCGAUCCUCAAACUCAAAAAAAUUUCUGCCAACAACAAUCAGAACCCUUUGCGCCAAUCAACGACCCCACAAUCAAAAAUUUCUCUCCCUCCCUUAAACCCCUCUCUCUCUUCUUGCCAUGCCAGCUUCUCCUUCAGAGAACCGAACCCGAUGGAGGAAGCGCAAGAGAGAAUCCCAAAUCAACCGGCGCCACCAGAAGCACGACGACGACGAGGAGGAGGAAGAAGAAAACCCCAAUGCCGACGAAGACCGCGACUACGAUUCCGAGGAACAAACCCACCAUAACCCCAACAACCACACUAAUUCCCAACAGCAUCCCGAGAUUGAGGUUCUCUCUGACCACGCUGUUCAGAUUUCGCAGUUCCCACUCGUGAUUAAGCGUUCCGUCAAUCGUCCACAUUCCUCUGUUACUUCAAUUGUGGCUUUGGAGCGAGCCCUAGAAUCUGGAGAUAACAAGGCUCAGCUUCAUAACCCUCCGUUUCUGGAGAAUGUGUCUCAUGGUCAGCUUCAAGCGCUUUCUACUGUGCCCUCUGAUAGCGCCGCUUUUGAUCAGGACCGUUCAGAUUCCUCUUAUGUUAUCACUCCUCCUCCAAUUUUGGAAGGUCGUGGCGUUGUUAAGCGUUUUGGAAAUAAGACUCUUGUAGUUCCAAUGCAUUCAGAUUGGUUUUCGCCAGCCACAGUGCAUAGAUUGGAGAGACAAGCAGUGCCUCAUUUCUUUUCUGGAAAAUCUCAGGAUCAUACUCCUGAGAAGUACAUGGAGUGUAGGAACUAUAUUGUUGCAUUGCACAUGGAGGAUCCAGGAAAGAGGAUUAUGGUCUCUGAUUGCCAGGGUUUGGUGGCUGGAGUUGAUGUUGAAGAUUUGACUCGAAUUGUCAGGUUCCUUGAUCACUGGGGAAUCAUCAAUUACUGUGUUCGGAUACCGAGUAAUGAGCCUCCGAAUCCCGUGUCCUGCCUGAGGGAGGAGCCAGGUGGAGAGGUCCGUUUGCCAUCGGAGGCAUUAAAAUCGAUUGACAGUUUGAUCAAAUUUGACAAACCCAAUUGCAAGCUGAAAGCAGACGAAAUUUAUUCAUCGUUGGCAGCGCAAAAUGCCAAUGUCUCUGAUCUGGAGGACAGAAUAAGAGAGCAUCUAUCUGAAAAUCAUUGCAAUUAUUGUUCUCGUCCUCUUCCCGUUGUAUACUAUCAGUCUCAAAAAGAGGUUGAUAUUUUACUCUGCACUGAUUGCUUUCAUGAUGGGAGAUUUGUCGUUGGUCAUUCAAGUAUAGAUUUUAUGAGGGUCGAUUCAACAAGGGAUUAUGGUGAACUAGAUGGAGAUAAUUGGACUGAUCAAGAAACUUUGCUGCUGCUUGAAGCAAUGGAAAUUUACAAUGAAAAUUGGAAUGAAAUUGCUGAGUAUGUUGGUACCAAGUCAAAAGCACAGUGCAUUCUUCAUUUUCUCCGUCUACCCAUGGAAGAUGGGAAAUUGGAAAAUAUCAAUGUUCCAAGCAUGUCUUCUUCAUCCAGUGUGAUGAAUAGAGAUGAUAGUGGAAGACUGCAUUGUUACUCAAACGGAGAUACUGCAGGACCUUUCCAUCAAAUCAGAGAUUCUAACAGCCGGCUUCCUUUUGCUAAUUCUGGAAAUCCUGUAAUGGCUCUGGUUGCCUUUUUAGCCUCUGCUGUUGGACCAAGAGUAGCUGCUUCUUGUGCCCAUGCAGCAUUAGCAGUAUUGUCAGAGGAUAAUUCUGGCAGCACAUCUCAGAUGGAAGCACCAGGACACGAUAAUAGGACAAAUCCAGAAACCAUACAUUGUCGAGAUGGUGGGCCUAGAGGAGAAACAGCAACAUCGAACAAUCAUAUUGAGGAUAAGGCAAAAGUAAUUGGUUCAUGGGGUCAAAAUGAGGGUAGGACAACCCCUCUUUCUGCUGAGAAAGUUGAAGAUGCUGCUAAAGCAGGCCUCUCUGCUGCAGCAAUGAAAGCUAAAUUAUUUGCUGAUCAUGAAGAACGAGAAAUUCAGAGGUUAUGUGCUAAUAUUGUUAAUCAUCAGUUGAAAAGAUUGGAAUUGAAGCUGAAACAGUUUGCAGAAAUUGAAACAUUGUUGAUGAAAGAAUGUGAACAAAUGGAGAGAACAAAGCAGAGGUUUGCUGGUGAACGGUCCCGCAUAAUAUCGGCACGUCUUGGAAAUACAGGAGCCACACCCUCAAUGAACGCAUCUGGUGUUGGUCCUUCAAUGGCUAGUAAUGGCAACAAUAGGCAACAAAUGAUCUCUGCUUCUUCCUCACAGCCCAGCAUCUCGGGGUAUGGCAACAACCAACCAGUUCAUCCACAUAUGUCCUUUGCCCCACGACCUUCAAUGUUUGGAUUGGGACAAAGAUUGCCCCUAUCUAUGAUACAGCAGUCGCAAUCAGCUUCUUCAAGUGCCAUGUUCAAUGCCCCUAGUAAUGUGCAGUCCACUACCAAUCAUCCAUUGUUGAGGCCUGUAUCAGGAACUAACUCUGGUUUAGGUUAAUUAGGGGAGUAGAUGUAAGUUUUGAAACUUCGAAGGUGUAAUUGUAUUUGGUCUUUGAUUUCAGAAGUAAGGAGGAAGUUAGGUGGAUGUGCCAAAAAAGUUAUUGAUUGUGAAACUGUUGCUUAAAGGAAAUAAGUAGCAUUUGAUGUUUCAUAAUUCUUGUUUCUUUCUUGUGGUCUUUAGGUACCUACUUUGAAAAUUUAUUAAGUGGCACUAAUCUUGUUUAGUCAGAUUACAAUAAAAAGAUACUUGGAUGAAUAAGGACCACACGCUAUGCUGACUUUUUGUCUUCACUGCUCGUGCUGUUUCUUGCAGUCCACGUUACUUGGUUUUGUAUCUAUUGUGCGGUUUGUCUCCUCUACUGUUCUCUGGUUUUAGCCAGUGUCCCGCAUUUGUCUGCAAAUAAGUU